AUGGCAGUGUAUCCUGAUGAGCUAGUCCAUCUUCUGCAGCAGGAUAUAGCGUAUAAUAAGGGAAAAAUUAACCUUCAUAAUUUGUGGGAUAUCGCUGACAAUUAUGUGGAUCUAAAGGAUAACAAAAUCAAGGAGUUUGUUUUCUCCUGUUUGGUGUCAUGUCCCCACGUCCUGCUCUAUUGUGGAGAUGAUGUAAUUGAGUUACCAUACUCAGCUAUCGUGUCUAAAGAAACAGAUUUCUCUAUCGCCAUUACUGAGGAUAAGCUCUGGACCAUUUUAACUGGCUACACUAAAAAGGAAUCCAAUAUUGGCGGCCAUGCAUUCGAACUGCUUCUUGAGAUAGCGAGAUCGAAAGAUCAUGGCAUCAAUACAAAAGAUCUGGCAGUUGCAACGGGUCAGGAUCCCAGGAGCAUAACAGGCCGUGUAAAAAAGUUGUCCCAUUUGGUUUCUGCUGUCCAGAUGCUUUACAAGGGGCAUGUCGUAAAGUUGUUGAAACUACGAAAAUUCGCAAAAAGCGGUAGUGCUGUCAAACAAUACAUCAAUAUGAGAGACCAUCUAAAGGAUAUCGUCCAGGUAGUGAAGAAGUCGAAGAACUGUGUUCGACAGAUCAUCGAUUUGAAAAGGGAAUUUCAGUUUGAUCAAGAUAAAAGGUUAUCAAAAUCUUUCAUUGCCGCUAUCAGCUGGCUGGAUGAAAAUGGGUAUCUAAAAAAAGUUUUGGUGGUUUCACCAACGAAUCCCUCCGUGAGGAUACGGUGUGUUCAAUAUUUGCGCGACUAUCUUCCAGAGGAGAAAUCCGUCAACGAUUUCGAAAACGAAAUUGACAGUAGUGACGAUGAGCCUGCUGCUGACGAGAAGGGAGGUCUGGAUGAGGAGGACGCUUAUGAAAAUCUCGAUACAGUCAAUGCUACCAGCUUGCUCCAGGAGCAGAAUUUAAUUGUGGAAGAGCAAACCGUUCCACCUCUUUCGAAUAUCCUGGUCAAUCGCUUUUACCCGAUGCAAAACCAGGCCUAUAGCUUGGCGGACGAAUCAGGUUUGGCUGGUAUUUCGACCAUGCAAAUGGUCAGCAGGCUGACAGGCAAGGAUUAUAAGAGAGCAUUCACGAAGGUUAGUGAGUAUUACGUGGAGAAUGCAGGCAGUAAAGGAAAGCGAACGAAGUACUGUAGUCUAGUGAAGGCCUAUGAUUUUGAAGGCAAGAAGAAAUUUUAUCGUUUUUUCACAGAAGCGAAUUUCUUAAAACUGAUGGAUGUGCAACAAAUUAAUGGUGAGAAGAGCUUCCAACAGAUAGCCUCUGCUCGGAAAAGCAUCGCUUCUAUGAAUAGUGAGCACUUUGUUCCUUUGAAUAACACGUUGCGAUUUUUGAGAGAUGGUGAUCAGGAGCGUUUUUUUUGGAAUGGUGAACUCAAAGUUGCAGCAAAUCCAAAUGCGCCAAUACGCGGACGUAAAAGAAAGCAACAGGAAUUAAUUGGAAAUGAAACCAUUGAAGAUAGGCCUAAAUCUGAAGCCAAAAUAGCAAAGUCCGAUCGGUUAUCGGACGGGCUCCAGGAAAUCAAUGAUUAUAAUGGCAGUAUGACGACUGACCGUCGGUUGGAGAAAGCUCAUGAGAACACCAAGGUAAUUAGUCAUGGGGGGUUUUCUGCCAAAUCCCUGCGGUCAUUGUGGCGGCAGCGCGCCAUAAUUGAAGUGGUAAGGAGAGCAGGUGGCGUUACGUACUUACGAGAACAAUUUUUCGAAGAUGUUUCUCACUUUAUGGGAUCUCAGACAAUGAUUGACAAGAAAACUAUCCGUGGCGAUGUAACUCUGAUGAUCAAAUGCGAUAAACUAAGGGACCGGAUAGAACCCAACAGCGGGCGACGCAUAAUUUUCCUGCCUGGCGUCGAGAGUGAAGUCAUCUCCAACUAUGUUUUAAAGGAGAAGGAUAACAAGAAGGCUGUUUUCAAGGAUGUAAUUCACGAUGCUGACCUGUACUUUUUUGAUCAAACCGAAAAGAAUAAGUUUCACAGAGGUAUCAAGUCAGCACGGCGUGUGCGCGACUUCCAGAACAGUUCGAAAGCUCAAAAAAAGUCGUCUGCAGCUGAUAAGACCAUUAAAAUGCGACCACGAGCUGAGAAUGAACCUGAGAUAGCAAAGCGAUCGAUGGAUACUCAGGAAAAAACUGCUAAGAAAAGCAAAGGAAAGGCUUCCCACGGUAAACUCGAUACCUUGAGCAGCAGUGGUCUAUAUCACAUUGGGAAAAAAAAUGGUGCUAAAGCUUUGGUGAUGGCGGUUGUCAUAUCCAAAAGUAUAAAGAAUGAGAUCUUAUGGGAUAAGAUAACGGCUUUGUUUCCUCAUAAUUCGGUGGAUAACUUGAAGAAACAGUGGACCGCGCGCAGAGUUAAGAUGGGACACAACGGAUGGAGAGCCCACGUAGAUAAAUGGCACAAGAUUUUACUUGACGCCAUCAAGAACGAAGAAGCAAGUUUGGAAGAUGCGGAAACUUUGGAUUUACUGAAGUUAGUCAGGUUAUGGAUGGCUUCCGAUAACCAUCGAAACAAAAGAUUUGUGUCCUUAUAUCGAGAUUACGCUGAAAAUAGAAGAUGUUUUACCUUUGUGAAAGAAAACAGUCGUAGACAAUCAAAGAUGGGAGUCGCAAUGUCUUCGAUGGUUCAAAGAGAGACAUUUUUGCUCAAAAAAGUCUAUUCGUUGGAUGUAGCGGAGGAAAGCCCUACAAAGGAGUCAGAUAGUGAAGAUGAAGCGAGAGCCAUUAUUCAAUCUGUGCUUUACGACAGUCCGACAUUAGCCAAAGAACAGUUGUCAGCCCUCAGAACCGUUAGCAAAGAAACUCUCGAUAAAGUCAUAAUGGAUCUGGCGAAAGAAAAGCAAGUAUACUUCGUGGGAUCAAAGCUUGAGGCUACUGGGCUCCUUCAAGAAUAUUUGGGUAUUGAGGGGAAUUUCAUAAACAUGGAGAGGUCAGAGAAAUAUCGCAGGAAAAUGAGCGAGAUGUUUGAUGCACGCUGCGGAAUUUUGAUAAGCGGUGAAGUUCCGGACUUUGCCUCGUGGGUUAUUAUUGGCUUGAUUGCUGAAAAGCAGGUAGAGCUUAAUGCGCUAAUGAAUACAAAAGAUGCCACUCCUUUCAGCUACACGACGAGAAGAUUCGGAGUAAGUGCUCUUACCCCACCACUUAUCCUAUCUCCUACGUCGAAGUAUGAAUCUUACAAAGAAAGUAGUCAUAUACCAAUUCCUAUAGGGGCUGGCAACGGUAGGCUUUGGAUCAACUCUGUGGGUUCCAUAAGAGAUUCUGUCUGGAAAGCACUGGUUACGAUGGUCCUGAAACGUAUCGUAUUCAAUCCUGGAAUUGACCCCAAACAGUUAAUUUUCAGCUGCAAUGGUAUUCUGUCGCUAAGAGAGAUGUCAGAAAUCUGUGAUUGGUUAUGCCGUAAGGAAUUGAUCUAUGAAAUGCCUUGUGCCGGCUAUGGGGCAUCCAGCGGCUGGUAUCGAUUAUUUACUUAG